UUGAACAUUCUAUUCUACUUUGGAGCCUUGGACUUGUACAUCACGCGAGCCAGCAGCACAGUAGCCCCGGGCAUAUUCCAAGUUCCAGCGCAGCCGACGAGCCAAAGGCGGAGCUGCCCAGGCACAGGCAGCCACAGCCGGUGGCCACAGCACAGCAGUAAACAAAUCCGCUCCGUCGUCGCCACGCUUCCCCCCUUCGUCAACACCCGCCACCUCGCCUCGGUCCGACCGGACACCGGAGGCUCCCAUCCUCAAUUCCUCGCCGCCUCCGCCGCCUCGCCCCCGCCCGCUUCCUUCCAAAUCUCGCGCCCGCGAUUCGGCCGGACAGGCCAGCCCCCUUCCUGUUUAGUUGGCUGAGGCGCCCCUCUCCUGCGUUCUUGAGCAAUUCUUUGACCGGAUUCGAUACGGUCUCUGCUCUCUCGCCUCCGCCAUAUUUCCGCCGAGCUUCCUCCGCCCUGGUCAAACUUUGCGGCCGGCCUUUUCCAGCGAGUUCCGUCCCGACCUUUCGGCUUUCGUCACAGCCCCGCCGCGGCUCUGCGACGCACCGAUUCCGCGCCUCCGAUAAGGGAUUCCUGCUUGUUGAAUCCCUUGUUGUUGGGCUUGCGGUGCAGCUCCUCAAGACUUCCACUUUUGGCGGCGUGCAAAGAUGGCGUCCAGCGCCGGUGAUCUGCCCGAGGUGAAGUUCAAGAGGACCGGUAGCCUGGGGAGCAGCGACUACGUGCGAGCUGACAAGAUCGACCUCACCAGCCUCGACAUCCAGCUAGAGCAGCAGCUCAACAAGAAAUGGGGCAAGACCAACAUCAAGUCCCAGGGACCCAAGGCGGACUGGGAGAUUGACCUUGCUAAGCUGGAGAUCCGGCAUGUCAUCGCCCAGGGCACAUAUGGAACCGUCUACCGCGGCACCUAUGAUGGCCAGCAAGUCGCAGUGAAGCUGUUGGAUUGGGGAGAAGAUGGUUUUGCCACAGAAGCCGAAACUACUGCUUUACGAACAUCAUUUAAGCAGGAGGUUGCUGUUUGGCAUAAGCUCAGCCAUCCUAACGUUACAAGGUUUAUUGGUGCGUCUAUGGGGACCACCGACCUCAAGAUACCAGUCAAUGACAACGGUGCGCGUGCCAACUUGCCAGCCAGAGCAUGUUGUGUUGUGGUAGAGUAUCUCGCUGGAGGCACUUUGAAGCAGUACCUGAUAAAGAACAGACGGCGGAAGCUCGCCUACAAAGUUGUGGUUCAGCUUGCAUUGGAUCUGUCCAGAGGAUUGAGCUAUCUACACUCGAGAAAGAUAGUACAUCGCGACGUGAAAACUGAAAAUAUGCUGCUUGACACACAGCGUAACCUUAAGAUUGCUGAUUUUGGCGUUGCACGUGUUGAGGCUCAGAACCCGAAGGAUAUGACUGGUGCGACAGGCACUCUUGGUUAUAUGGCCCCAGAGGUUCUUGAUGGUAAACCAUACAACAGGAAAUGUGAUGUUUACAGUUUUGGCAUUUGCUUGUGGGAAAUCUAUUGCUGUGACAUGCCAUACCCAGACCUAAGUUUUGCCGAUGUCUCUUCUGCUGUCGUUCACCAGAAUUUGCGGCCAGACAUACCCCGUUGCUGUCCAAGUGCGUUUGCGAACAUUAUGCGUAAAUGCUGGGAUGGAAAUCCUGAUAAGCGCCCCGACAUGGACGAGGUGGUGCAGCUUAUGGAGGCCCUCGACACAAGCAAAGGCGGUGGUAUGAUACCGGAUGGCCAGUCGUCCGGAUGCUUAUGUUUCACCAGGGCCCGUGGCCCGUAGAUACUUUGCACAGCACACUCCUCCCUUUGGCUAUGUGUUGCCACUCGACGUGACCGGGAGCUCCACAGCUUUGCUUCCCGCUGUCGCUUGUGCAGAUGCUGCUUGCAGCCCUCCGUAGUCGCCUUGCCGUUUCUUUCUACGGUGCUGUGUUGGUUGCAGCUCUCGUAUGAUCUCUGUGGUCAGCGGCACACUUCCUUCGUAUAGCAGUCUGUUGUUGUAAUAGUACGCUGUAUUCUACUAUAACUGAGGUCUCCCUCUCAUUCUUGGAGCUGCCGCCGCCUCCUGCGUCCAUUUGGCGGCGGUACGUCUUGGAUACCGCGUCAUGUUUUGAAACCUUUAUCGCUGUGUAUAUUACUAUACCCGACUCGAAAUGAGUACAAUAAAAGUGCAUAAAUAUACUUGUGUUGA